AGGAACAACAUCCAAAUAUCGAAGAUUUAAAAAUGAAAUUCCUCAUUGUCCUUGCUGCUCUCUUCGCCAUCGCUUUGGCUGUUCCAGUACCCGAUGAGCAUGCCGAAAUUUUGAAGCUGGAAUCGAAAGUAGAACAUGAUGGUUUUUCAUAUCAUGUUGAGACCAGCGAUGGUACAUCUCAUCACGAAGAAGGCAAAGUAAAAGAUGCCGGCUCUGAACAUGCUGCCAUUGUUGUCCAUGGUUCAUUCUCCUGGAAGGAUAGUCAUGAUGGCAAAGUUUAUACCGUUAACUAUGUGGCCGAUGAACAUGGUUUCCAGCCAACUGGUGAACAUAUUCCUGCUUUGCCCGACAAUCACCAUUAAAAAGAGAUAGUUUUUUUUUUUUGGUUUUUACAUAAGAGAUUCGAUAUGCAAAAUGACUUUGCAAAAUACACUGC